GAUUAAUAAUUAGAGAGGAUUGACGGAAGUCUAUUAACCAAGAAACAAUGAGUAUGCAGAAUGACUUCCUAGGUGUGGAAAAGGAGCUUCGCGAAAUUACUGCGGAUUUCGCUUCCGGUCAUAUGAACGCUUUUGGCUCCAAGGCAACACAAGAUGCUUUUUUCCGCGAACUCAAAAUCAUCGCAGAGAUCGAAACGCAAGUGUUCAACAAAACGUGUUCAAUCCUCAAGCAGGGAAACGAGGACGAUCACGCGUUGUUGACAAGUAUGUUUGCAAGUGCUCAGCCGCCAUCCCCACAUGCUGUUGAUCCCACCAACAAGAGCAACAGCAAUCAUGUGCCUCCAUCGAACGUGCCGACUCCACGGAAAGCGAACGGGAACAUGGACGCUGGACCGAUCGACCUACAGCAUAGGGGGUCCCUCGUGGAUGGUAUUCAAAAGAUGGAUGAAACGAUCCGCUCGAGGCGUUCGAAUGCGUCCCACAGCGUGGAUCGAUCCUCACAGAUGCGCCCCAGCCCCCGCAAAUUCGCCCACGGCCACAUGUCCACCUCAUCUACGGGUGGGGAUGGGCCUAACGUUGGCGGUGGCGCGGCAUCUGGUUUGCCACCGGCCCCAAACAGCAGUUGGAAUGACGGCUCGGGGUUUUCGGACAAAUCCUUUGAGAAGGUGACGGAGCGCUUCACCUUCCUGGAAUCUGAGUUCUCCACCUUAGGAAACAAACUCCAGGAUAUUUUGAAGCACGUGACACAGCUUAAUACGAUGUCACAUCAAAUGGAUGAAGGGCCUAUGAUGGUCAGCGAUGACGAUGAUGCAAACUGAGGCGGAUGGAGAUGUAGAAAUGCCGCGAGUCUUACGCAAACUGAGUUCUGACGAAGGGGUUGUGGGGGUGGUGAAGACACGUUCACUCCUUUCUUAGCCUCUUAUGGGAAAUGAUAUGCAGAGGGACGCUCAAGAAGUCUGUGGAGACGUAAAGUGUUUGCAAACCAAUCGUUGACACUGUCACUGUACUUGUCGAUUGAAGGUGAGUGGAUGGAGGUGUGGAAACUCUUGAAUAAGCGAGAUCUUUAUAAUAUAACAUAUGCUGUUCAAUUCAAAGCGCAGUAAAAGCUAUGAAAGUGAGGCGAUUACUGGAAGUAUUGUUUUUCGGAUUGGGCUUUUUUUAUUUUCUUCGCAUUGUAAAAUAUUUAUCUUGCAAAGGGCCAGGGUUACUGAACCAGGCGGAUAACAGAUACGAAUGACCCCAAUCGAGCAGGUUGAGGUUGCGGUUUUUUCUUGCUUUUUCAUGA